UCCAUUAAAUUUUAGUUGCGGUGGGAAGAUUUCUUAAUGUUAAGAAGAAAGAGAAAGGUAGACGGAGUCAUAGAUUCACAUUAACACACGCGUUCUACAUUCAUUCGGUUCCUCAAAUUCAGAUACGUUUCUGUUCAUCAAUGUCUUCAAUCUUCACUAGAUUUUGGGGAUCACAAGAACAAGAACAUUUACAUCAGUCAUCUUCAAUGAGCUACACAAGUUCUUCUUCUUCUUCUAGGCCUUCACAUGUUCCACCUGCUGAAGCUGCUGGAGUUAUUGCUGCUUUGAAGGACAAAAGUGUUGAUGAGUUGCGGAAAAUUUCGUCCGAGAAAGAUGCUUAUCAACGGUUUUUACAGUCGCUUGAACAGGUCAAGAUUCAAAAUAAUCUGAAAGAUGAACUAUGCAAGGAGAAUAUGCUGCUUGUUGAUGAAAAUCUACAAAAGGAACCUCGUGUUUUGGGACUAAAAAAUCAGUGUAGAAUCAUUCGGACAAGUGAACUAGCUGCUGCACAAGAGAAACUAAAGGAGCUUGAGAAACAGAAAGAAGAAAUGUUGAAGUUGAGUUCCCUACCAUUCCUUCUUCAUAGGAUUCAAGGGGCUAUGAACAAGACUGAAGAAGAAUCAGAAGAUCUGCACCAACAAUUACUUGAUAAAGAGAUUGAUCUUGGAGCUUUUCUGCAGAAAUACAAGAAGCUACGUAUUGCUUAUCACAGUAAAAAUCUGAUACAUCUUGCAGCUAGAACAUCAAAUAUUUGAGAACCAAAUUAUGAAAUAUAGAACUUGAGAAUGUAACUCCUUGUUUGUCAAAAGUACAAAAAUCAAUAAUCUCUGGUUACAUACGUCUAUGUUCUUUCUUUAAUCUUAUUCUCCAUUAUCUUUAUCAUA